GUCUGGUUCCAGAACAGACGGACCAAGUGGCGGAAGCGACACGCGGCAGAAAUGGCCUCGGCGAAGAAGAAGCACGACUCGGAGACGGAGAAGCUGAAGGAGAGCUCGGACAAUGAGGAUGAUGAGGAGUACAACAAGCCCCUGGACCCCAACUCUGACGACGAAAAAAUCACGCGACUACUGAAGAAGCACAAACCCACGGCCCUGUCCCUGGUGAGCCCCUGCAGCACCAGCUCGGACACCUUGUGA